AUGCAAUCCUAUUCCUGCUCUCAUGUAUCCCAUGCUUCCCACCCUGGGCGGGUGAAAGUAAUUUUCAGUUCGGAAUCGGCGCAUGCCCAGUGGCUGCCCUUCAGGGUUUGGGCGUGCUCGUCCGCUGGGAAUCGCUGUCCGAUGACUGGGACUCCUCUCCCAGAGAGUGGAGCUCAUCAUCCAGUUGGUGGGGCUCCUUGUCCAGUGGGGGGGCCUCCACGCUCGCCGGCCGGGGGUUCUCGCCAUUCGAAGCCCCGGCCAGCAUGCGUCGCAGGGGUCCCAGCUCGCCGCCGGCGUCCAGCAGCACGGCGCCCAGGACGACGUGCCACGCGCGCACGAGCGCAGCGGGCACAGCGCGCAGGCUCUUGCGCCCGCGCCCGGGUCUGA